AUGGAGCAGUUCCACAAGGAUCCCAGGAGGAAGAUGAAGACCAGCGGCCUCAAGAGGGACCUUCAGGAGCAUGCCUCCGGCAGACUGAGGCUGUCUGCAGAGGAUGUGCUGAAGCGUCUGGCAGAGGAGCAGAAGUAUCUGCAGCAAGGCUUCCGAAGUGCCCUAGUAACAUUGUUCCGCUGCGAUCUGCACAUUGCCACUGCACGCCUGGCUGCUAUGCGCAUCAUCAGGCACGCUCUCAAGCCACAAAUCUGCGAGAUGGAGCUUACCGUCUGCUUUGGGGAGUACCUGGAGAAGUGGCUGCUGCAGGGCUUGCGCAACACCUUGCACAAAGCCGCUCGCGAGCGCUUGGAGCGCGAGCAGGAGGCAAACAUGGCAGCUCUGGUGGAAGAAGAGGAGAAGCUGAAGGCUGUGAAAGCCAAGAAGCAGGCCAAGAAGAAGGCGGCAAAGGCCAAGUCGCUUGUGCCGAGCAUCCCCCUGUCAGCAUUCCAGGCAGCAGGGGAUGUCCACUCAAACGGUCCUCCUGAAGCCAGAGCAUCGGAGGCUGGGGACUUGAGCGCAGCCGUGGAAAGGCCCAUCGACCCUGCAUCUGCCGACACAACGGAGCAGUGGGACAAGGUUGCCACAACCAGCGCAGAGGCAGACGGCUGGGGUGACGAAGAGAAGGAUCAGCCUGAACUGGCGAGCUCGGCAGAGGCCUCGACUGCACUCUCCCUUGUGCAGGAGGAGGCUGGCGGCUUUGAGUACGUGGAGAGCAAAUCGAAGAAGAAGAAGAAGAAGAAUAAGAAGAAGACUACCGAGGAUGAGGAGGCCUCUGCUGCUUCUGCAUCCACCGCAUGGUGGAGACCUGAAGGAGCAGGAGACGAGGACACAGCAGACGAGUGGCAGACCGCAAAGCCGCGGCGGCAGCAGCAGAAGCGGGGGGACCGGGGGGACUCGGCAGGCCCCCCGCACCAGCUGAACGGCCACUCUGAGGAGCCGAAAUCGCCACUCCCACAGCCGCGGGCCACAGAACGGGCCCCUGCCGCUCCAAUGGCAUCUCCCAGAGCCGUACCUGUCUCUGUCGGGGAUUACGGCUCUCCCGGCCCUGCCUCCCGGACCCAGCCAGCUCAGCGCUGCGCCAAAUGCAGAGAGCCCGGCCACAAGGUGAUGGAGUGCCCAGAGCUGGCGCACCUGCCUCCCUUUGUGCGCGGGGAGAUCCUGAUGGCGCUGCUGGAAGGGAACGCGCAAAGAGUGCAUCUUCUGCUGGCGCGGCCGCCGACAAAUGCAUGCCACUGGUGCGACGCUCCGGAGCACAGCGUGUACAUCUGCCCCCAGCUUGCCGGCGUGAAACCCAUGCUGAAGGCCGAUCUGGCGACGGCGUACGAGACGUGCAACCUCAAGCUGAAGAGGAGCACGUUGGCUGAGCUGGAGCGCCACCUUCCCGCCAGGAGCAGAUCUGGCACCCGUCCUGGCAGCGACCAGCCACCGGCCCCGCCCAGCAGCGGCAGCCGGCCGCAGCCCGGGGCGCCGUCUCGCGCCGGCCUCGCGCAGCCGCCGCCGCCGCCUCCGGAUUGCGUUAGCGGCCGCAGCGAAGCCGAAAGCUGGCGCCGCCAGGUCAGCGCUGGGUCCGAUGCCUCUUUUGGCAACGACGGCUCCGCACCCGAGCAGCCGUCGGCCCGGCCGCAGCCGCGCGGCGCAGCGGCCGACAGCCGGCCCCGGCCGCGCGGCGCGGCCGCCGAAGAUGCGCGGCCGUCGCCGCGGAGCUCGAUGCGCGCCGUCGCUACUCCAUUCGUCCCGAGCCAGCCUGGCACUCCCCGGGACGGCGUGGCUUCUACAUCCGCGCCUCAGAUCAACCACGUGCAGGCUGUCAGGACCGUGCCCAUACCUGCCAAUGCCACCUACCGGCCGCUGCAGCAGGGUGCAGGGCCGGCGUCGCCGGCGCUGGGCGUGCCGCUGCAGCGGCCGGCGCAGGGGCUGCGCAAAGACAGCGCAGACGACAACUUCAGCACCAUCAUGGACAUGCUCUGCCCGCAGCCCUCGCUGGAUGCACCUCCAGCUGAGCGGAGCUGGGCGGGAGUGGCGGAGGGGCAGGAGGCACGCGCAUGGGCAAACAAGGAGGAGGAUGACAUGCAGACCGCUAUCCAGGCGAGCCUGCACAACAAGCGGCGACUGGGGCCAAUGUCAGCGCUGAUGCUGGGCCCCAAUGGGGACCUGGCGGGCGCCAGCUGCCACCAGCAGCCGUCACACAGGGUACAGCAGGCCUCCAUGGAGCUUUUGGUGGCCACUCCUGGGCUGCAGAACCAGAUCGGGGAGUACAACUGCUUCCUCAACGUCAUCAUUCAGAGCCUGUGGAACUGUCGCCAGUUCCGGGAGCCCUUCAAGACCGCCUCCGCCGCCUUCUUCUCCGCCCAGAGCAACGCGGUGGUUGCAGCGCUGGCGGAGUUGUUUGCCACGUUCGAGGCGGAGGAACGGCAGGGCAGCCGCAGCGUCAUCGCACCCACGCGGCUGCGCGAAGCACUUGACGCCCUCAACUCCCACGCCUUCCAGAUCGGGGAGAUGAGCGACGCAGCAGAGGUGCUGGGCGCGGUGUACGACAGCCUCAAGGAGGUUCCCGGGGGCGCCGAGUUGGUGAAUGCAGUGUUUGGGCUGCGCGUGCGCGAGCUGGUGCACUGCGGCAGCUGCGGCCGGGACACGCACUGCACGCGCUACACGCAGUUCUUCUACAACGUGUCAGCGACAGCGCUGCGCCUGCAGGCCAUGCUCAACGGCGAGGACGGCCGCCUGCCGCCGCUCGGCCGCCUGCUCUGGGAGAUUGAGGCGCAGGACGUGAAGAGCUGCGACACGGACGUGGGCGGCUGCGGGCAGCUGAACAGCAUUCAGCACCUGCUGGAGGGCGCGCCGCCGAACGUGUUCACCGUGCAGCUGGCCUGGGAGUCCCAGCACGAGUCCUCCGACGCCAUCCGCGCCACCCUCGCCGCCAUCCAGGAGGAGGUGGAUGUGGGGCACAUCUACAAGGCGCAGGAGCCGCGGCAGUACCGGCUGCGCAGCAUGGUCUGCUACUACGGCGCGCACUACCACGCUUUCGUGCACGCGAGCGGCCAGUGGAUCAUGUUUGAUGACGCCAAUACCAGCGCCGUCGGCGGCUGGGACGCUGUCAUGCACAAGUGCCAGCUCGGCAAGAUCCAGCCCUCUGUGCUCUUUUUUGAGGCCAUGGGCGGCUAG